GGGCUCUGGAGCAGGAGCGGGCUGGGCUCGGGAUCUGAGGGAUGGCAGGAUGGGAGGGCUCUGGAGCAGGAGCGGGCUGGGCUCGGGAAGGCAGGGAUGGCAGGAUGGGAGGGCUCUGGAGCAGCAGCUGCUGACGUGCUGCCGGAGCUGCAGUGACUCCGCAAUGGCUGAGCCUGCCGGCGCUGAGCUCAUCCCGCAGCCUGCCGGGGAAACCUGUCCUUAGCUCCUCCGACCGCUCGGAUCCGCGCUCGGGCUACGUGCGUUUCCUGUUGCCGUAACGCAGCCAGAUGGGGAGGGUUCAGUGGAAAUACCUCGGGAGAGGCCGGCAGAGCCGUGGAUCCGGGAAGCAGAUCCUCCCCGUAACACUGGCACGGUUUGGUAAGUUCCAGCUGAAAAAUGAAAAGCUGCUCCUUUGCUGAGUCACAGCCCCUCGGAGCUGGAGCCGUGACCAGCGGAGCCGCCGCUGCCGGAGCUGCCCUGACCUGCUGAGCCCCAUCCCGUGCCUGGACAGGGACAGAGCCUCUGCUGUGCUGGACCAUGAGGGACAGAGCCAGGCACUGAGGGUCUCCAGCCAGGAACACUGCUGCCCACCUUAACAGGAUUGCUUUAAAAAGGCCCCAGAAGAUGUAGAGCGGGAGCAGCGAGCCGCGGGGCCGGGCGUCCCUCACCAUGGCCAAGAGGGGCUCCAGCAGCCGCGCCAGGGGGGACAAGCCCGACGCCUUGGCCGCCCUGCAGGCUGCCAACGAGGAGCUCAGGGCCAAGCUCACCGACAUCCAGAUCGAGCUGCAGCAGGAGAAGAGUAAGGUCAGCAAGUUGGAAAGGGAGAAGAAUCAGGAAGUGAAGCAGAUCAAGGAGCACGAACAGCAUAAAAGCACAGUGGUGGUCACAGAGCUCAAAGUCAAACUUCACGAAGACAAAAUGAAAGAGCUCCAGGCCGUCCGAGAAACUCUUCUGAGACAGCACGAGGCUGAGCUGCUGAGAGUGAUAAAAAUCAAGGACAAUGAAAUCCAGCGGCUGCAGACCCUGCUGAACGCCGUGCGCGACGGGGCCCCCGACAAGGUGAAGACGGUGCUGCUCACCGAGGCCAAGGAGGAGGCCAAGAGGGGCUUCGAGGUGGAGAAAAUCAAAAUGCAGCAAGAGAUCUCCGAGCUGAAGGGGGCGAAGAAGCAGGUGGAGGAGGCUCUGACGAUGGUGAUCCAAGCUGACAAAAUCAAAGCGGCGGAGAUCAGGAGCGUGUACCACCUGCACCAGGAGGAGAUCACCCGCAUCAAGCGCGAGUGCGAGAGGGAGAUCCGCCGGCUGAUGGAGGAGAUUAAGUUUAAGGACAGAGCAGUCUUCGUGCUGGAGAGAGAGUUAGGGGUGCGAGCCGGGCAUGCUCAGAGACUGCAGCUCCAAAAGGAGGCUUUAGAUGAACAACUGUCCCAGCUCAAAGAGUCUGACCGGCACCUGAGCAGCCCCAAGCGGGAACUUCCUUAUGCAAGUGGUGCAGGAGACGCUUCAGAUCAUUCGGGAAGCCCCGAACAGCAGUUGGAUGAAAAGGAUGCCCGGCGCUUCCAGCUGAAAAUCGCGGAGCUGAGCGGGAUCAUCCGCAAGCUGGAGGACAGGAACGCGCUGCUGUCGGAGGAGAGGAACGAGCUGCUGAAACGUCUCAGAGAAGCAGAAAGUCAGUAUAAGCCCAUUUUGGACAAAAACAAACGCCUCAGUAGGAAGAAUGAGGAGUUGUCACAUGCCUUACGUCGAAUGGAAAACAAACUGAAAUUUGUGACGCAGGAAAACAUUGCCAUGAGGCAAAGAACGGGAGCAAUAAGGAGACCGAGCUCCCUAAAUGACCUUGACCACAGCCAGGAGGAAAGGGAAGUGGAUUUCCUGAGACUGCAAGUUAUUGAGCAGCAAAACAUCAUUGAUGAGCUCUCCAAGACCCUGGAGACUGCUGGCUAUGUGAAGAGUGUCAUGGAACGUGACAAGCUGCUGAGGUUCAGGAAGCAAAGGAAAAAAAUGACAAGAAUUCCUAAGAAGCCGGUGGUGGAGACGUUCUAUGGCUACGACGAGGAGGCUUCCCUGGAGUCUGAUGGUUCCUCCAUCUCCUACCAAACCGACCGCACUGACCAGACCCCCUGCACGCCCGAGGACGACCUGGAAGAGGGCAUGGCCAAGGAGGAGACGGAGCUGCGGUUCCGGCAGCUGACCAUGGAGUACCAGGCGCUGCAGCGCGCCUACGCCCUGCUGCAGGAGCAGGUCGGGGGCACCCUGGAUGCUGAGCGAGAAGUCAAGACACGUGAGCAGCUCCAAGCAGAAAUACACCGGUCCCAGGCUCAGAUAGAAGACCUGGAGAAGGCUCUGGCUGAGCAGGGACAGGACAUGAAGUGGAUUGAGGAGAAGCAGGCGCUGUACAGGAGGAAUCAGGAGCUGGUAGAAAAGAUCAGGCAGAUGGAGGCCGAGGAGGCACGCCUCAAGCACGACGUGCAGGACGCCAAGGACCAGAACGAGCUGCUGGAGUUCAGGAUCCUGGAGCUGGAGGAGAGAGAGAGGCGGUCCCCGGCCAUCACCUUCCACCACGGCCCCUUCACGGAGGGGAAGAGCCCCCUGCAGGUGUACUGCGAGGCUGAAGGUGUCACAGACAUUGUCGUGGCAGAGCUGAUGAAAAAGUUGGACAUUUUAGGGGAUAACGCCGUAAGUAACCUGACCAACGAGGAGCAGGUGGUGAUCAUCCAGGCCAGGACUGUCCUCACGCUGGCCGAGAAGUGGCUCCAGCAGAUCGAGGUGACCGAGUCUGCGCUGCAGCAGAAGAUGCUGGACCUGGAGAACGAGAAGGAGCUGUUCAGCAAGCAGAAGGGCUACCUGGACGAUGAGCUGGACUUCAGGAAACAGUCCCUGGACCAGGCUCACAAGCAAAUUCUGGAAUUAGAAGCCAUGCUCUAUGAUGCCCUGCAGCAAGAAGCUGGAGCCAAAAUUUCCGAACUUCUUUCAGAAGAGGAGAAGGAGAAGCUGAAGAGCGCCGUGGAGCAGUGGAAGCGGCAGGUGAUGAGCGAGCUCCGCGAGAGGGACGCGCAGAUCCUGCGGGAAAGGAUGGAGCUCAUCCAGCACGCCCAGCAGAGAAUUAAAGAGCUAGAAGAAAGAAUUGAAGGCCAAAAAAGACAAAUAAAAGAGUUAGAGGAAAAGCUUUCAUUCUUUGGUCAUAGUCCUUCAGGCCACAUGCACAAGCCCCCCGAGGCCACUGCAGUGCUCCUGCUGUUCUUCCCAGAGGGACAGCCCUGCUUCCCGAGACCCGCACAGACUUUCCCCGUGCCCCAGACCUGCCUGGCUCUGUGCUGCUGCCCAGGGCAGGUGCACUCUGUGGCACUGCCAGCGAGGCUGGGCCGGGCUCUGGGGCAGCCCCUGCACCCCGAAACACCCGAGGAGCCUCUGCAGAGGACAGAACUGAGCCCACAGAGAAAGCCAAGAGCUCUGCUCCCGCCCCUCGCGCAGCCCCAGGCUGCUCUGGAGUGCCCAUCUCUGAUUCAGAUACACUGAAUUUAUUCCGCUUCCCUGCUAAGCAGGUGGCAAAUUGCUUCUGUGUAGAAGUGCCCCUGUCCUGUUUGUAUGCCACACACUCACGUUUGUUCCACAGUUCUUCAAAAAUCUGUCCUGAAAGAAGGUUUUAGGAAGCGUUCCAGAGGAGUAGCUCAUGAAAAGAUGGAUGUGAGUGAAAAUGAAGUGGUUUGUUCCAAGGCAUUUCUCUGUUGCACAGGGUACAGCCCAUGCUUUGUUGAAUAUCCCAUGAGCUCAGUUUUAGGAAAAAACGUAGAGCUACGUUCAGGAAACCAAGCUGUAAUUUUGUUUGUUUGUUUGUUUGGGGUUUUUUUUUUCUUUUUCUUUUUUUUACUUGUCAGUAAACCAUGACGAGAAAAAUUAUGCACUAAUUUAUAAUUGGCUGUCCCUGAACAAUGACAAAAUGCUUAACACUGUCCCAGCAAAAAGUUCAAUCUGGAAAAGAGUGAGCUAAACCCGAUUAUCCCUGAUCCACAUGUGCUGGGCUGGGAGAGGGAACAGAAGAUGUUGUCACCUGGAAGAUGUCCUCACCUCGGGGAGAGGGAGCACAAGUGCCACAGAGCCCGAGCCUGGGAGGCUGGCACAGGAACCAGGAUGGAAAAAGAAUCCUCUAGAGAAACAGGUGAAGAGGAGGAAAUCCAGAAGAAAUUCCAGAGUGUGACUGACCACGCUGGAUCCAGAGCCGAGCACAGAAAUGCAGGGAUGAGGAACAAAGCCAGGGAUGAGGAACAAAGCCAGGACCAAGGCCAGGGUGAGGAACAAAGCCAGGGAUGAAGGACAAAGCCAGGACCAAGGCCAUGGUGAGGAACAAAGCCAGGACCAAGGCCAGGACCCUGCUGGCAGCCAGGGUCCCACGGUGCCCAUUCCCUGGGAACAUGGGCAGGAAGGGAUCAGAGCUCUGGGCAGGUACCUGCGCCACUGGAGUUUCUAAAGCUAUGAAGAAAAGCCUUGACGCUGAAAUUGUUCAACCUCUUCCUGCUCUUGUACAUCAACCAUGUUUUAACCCAGCACAGGGAGCUCAGCUGCAGAAACAGAAGGAAGGGAGUGGUCAGAGAAGCGUGGUAUUUGAACCAGAGGAAUGCGAUGUUUUGAGGCCAAGGUUGUGGAUUUUGGUAUCAGCAGAUGACUCUAUCAUGGAAAUGAUUUAACAAGCUCUGAUUCUACCAGAUACCAAUACCAGUGCUGGGAUUCUGGGAUGAGCUGCGAUUUUGCUUCUGCGUUUCACGCCUAAAACAAGUUCAUUUAGAGUUCUACUGAAAUACUUCAUGUCUUAAAAUACUGUAUUCACAGGAAGCCCUGCAGGUGGUGGUCGAGGUGACAAGGGCACGUUAGGAAUUGGCUUGAGCCCAUCUCAUGGCUCUUCAUUCAGGACGUGCUCUUGCCCGGUGUGCCCGUGUGUCUCAAAUUCCGGUUCUGUUUUCCGAUUGACUUCCUUGAUCCUGGGGGUUUUAAGUACAAAUCCAAUUGUACAGGACAGGUGUGUGUGUAAAUAAGGUAUUGUGCUUAUCUGUAUGUCACUAUAAAUAUGUAUGAAAUUUUGUACAUAGGGAAGAGAAAAUUGCUCAAAGAAUGUUUCCAGAACUGUUUUCUCCGUUUAAAUGCACAGACGGGAGAUGGCCAUCCACGGGCUCCCUCUCUCCGGGAAGGGAUCCCGCUGGUUCCACUCGCUGCCCGUGUCCCGCCGGCUCUGUGAGGAGUUUUUUGGUAGCCCGGGGCCGGGCUGGGCUGUGUGAGGAGUUUUUUUGGCUGGGCUCUGUGAGGAGUUUUUUGGUAGCCCGGGGCCGGGCUGGGCUCUGUGUGAGGAGUUUUUUGGUAGCCCGGGGCCGGGCUGAGCCGGGUCGGGUCUCGGCUGCUCCCUCCUCGCUCUGGCCCCGUGCAUCUCCCACAAACACCGUCUCCGAGCCCCGGAGGGCGGUGGCCCGGCCCGGGGCGCUCCCGCAGCCCCCGUGCCCGGUGCGGGGCUGCAGCCGGAGCAGGGGGUGCCCCGGGGCACCCCCGCCCCAAACCCGCCCUGUGUGUGCGCCAGGCACGGACUGCUUGCUCCCGCUGCUGGAGGACGAGGCUGUCAUUUCCAGUAUUCCGCUCUAUAUCUGUAGCCUUCAGUGAUUCCUUGAGUGCCUUACGUGGCUUGUGGACAGAAUUCCUGACCAGGAGGAGAAAACGCCCCUGGACCGGCGCCGGCUCCUUCGCACCCCUGUGCCCCUCGCCGGCAGCGUGCACAGGAAGAGAUUUAGCUUCGACUCAGGAAAUCGCCCUGUGAAUAUGUGUAUUAAACCCUGUAUGAUGUGCUGUACAGUUUAUUAAAAGGGACUAUUGUAAACUUAUGCAAAACGUAACAGAGAAGAUGGAGGUUUUUGGUCCGCUGGCUGGUGUGCCGUGACCCGUGUCCUCUGAUCCUACUCCAGAAUCAUAUCCAAAAUACAGAACGCUGGGUUCAGUGCUGUGACAGCAACCGACAGCCCGAACACAGGGGCUGGAGCGAUCGACUAGAGAAUUUUACAGAUAUUUUUGUAUUGUGAUUCCUAUGAUAUAUAUCGAGAGACUUUCUAUUCCUUUGUAAAAUACAUAAAUUAUUGUCAACUUUUAAUUAAAAAGAUCUGUUUUAAACCUUCAAA